AUGGGUGAAUUCCUAUUUAACAUCGAUCACGGAUAUCUAGAGGCUCUUAUUCGUGGAUUUAAAGGAGGACUGCUAUCUCAGACAGAUUAUGCUAAUUUGGUUCAAUGCGAAACUCUCGAAGAUUUGAAGCUCCACAUUCAGUCCACUGACUACGGUAAUUUUCUGGCCAAUGAACCUGGGUCGAUCACUGUGCAAGUGCUUGAUGAGCGUUUGAAGGAAAAAUUGGUUACGGAAUUUACUCAUCUCAGGAAUAAUGCACUCGAGCCUCUUGCUACGUUCUUGGAUUAUAUCACGUACUCCUACAUGAUCGAUAACAUUAUUCUUCUCAUCACUGGCACUCUUCACCAACGUCCAAUUUCCGAGCUCAUCAGCAAAUGUCAUCCACUCGGUUCAUUCGAGCAGAUGGAGGCUAUUCACAUUGCUUCUACGCCAGCGGAAUUAUAUAAUGCAGUGCUCGUCGAUACUCCGUUAGCAAAUUACUUUGUCGACUGCAUCAACGAACAGGAUUUGGAUGAGAUGAAUGUGGAACUCAUAAGA